CGUUCGCCGCAGUCUCUUCCGUUGCUGGCCGGGUGUUUCUUGAGCAGUUUCCGGUUGGUCGUGGUUCGGCCCAAUCUGGCGUCCGGUAGGCCGGCGCGUAGGAGAGGGAAGCAAAUGGAAGGUGGAAUUAGAACGAGUUUGUCCCGGGCCGCCCUGGGGUCAGCUUAGAGAGGCCUACGCCGCUCACUUCCGCUGCGGCCUCGGGGCCUCCCGGAACGGCCAGGUCCAGAGGCCGCCCCGGCGAAAUAUCCUAAGGGCGCUUCCGCGAGGUCGUUUAGGUUUCAUCCUGUGCUCCCCUCUUCAAAAGCCUCCAAAGCAGCCUUCGUGAUUUUUCUUCGAGAGGUGUUCUAAGGACACUUUCGCCUUCCUGAGGAAAAGAUAGAGGCAGAAAGGAUAAUGGCUGAGUGUUUGAGAAGUUGUUCUCGGGACUCAGUGACCUUCGCUGAUGUAGCUGUGGACUUCACCCAGGAAGAAUGGACUUUACUGGACCCCAUUCAGAGAAAGCUAUACAGAGGUGUGAUGCUGGAGAACUACAAGAACCUGACCACAGCAGGGUAUCAAUCAUUGAAACCCACUCUGAUCUCUUGGUUGGAACAAGAGAUGAUUUGAGGACAGCAGAAAGAAAAGGAGUCCUCCAAGAAUUGAGAAACGCAGUGAGGAGCUUGGAAAGACGACAUCAUCUCUCCCAUUGAGACAACAAGCAGGCUUUGUUCCUGCUUCAAAGAAACAAAUAAAUUCCACAACCUCAGCAUUGCUCUCCUGUAAGACAACCCAAUGUAGUGCAGACUCGACAUGGGCCCUCUGUGUCACCCCUGAGAGACUCAGGGACAAAGAGACAAAGGGAACCAAUACAAACAGGCUAACUUUCCUUGGAGGAAGGGAAUAAUCAAGUCACUGGUCCAAAAGUAUUGGUGAUGGAGAUGUGGCUUCCUGGAAGAGGCAGAACAGUAGUGGCCAGGCUGGGUGGAAAGACAGAAACACAUCUGGAAUCCAGUAAUGAAAGCUCUUCCCCAGACAUUUGCCCAUGUUUGGGGCAAGAAGAGGGAACAAGGAUCCCUGCUGUCCUACUUCUUAAUGAGGCUCAACACAGACGCACCAGCGACAUGGGAGCAGGAAACCAUACAGGAGUAUCACAGUUCCUCCUCCUGGGCCUCUCAGACGAUCCUGACCUGCAGCCCCUCCUCUUUGGAGUGUUCCUGUCCAUGUACCUGGUCGCUGUGCUGGGGAACCUGCUCAUCAUCCUGGCCGUCAGCUCAGACCCCCACCUCCACACCCCCAUGUACUUCUUCCUCGCCAACCUGUCCUUUGUUGACAUCUGUUUCAUCUCCACCACUGUCCCAAGGAUGCUAGUGAACAUCCAGACACAGAGCAAAGGCAUCUCCUACAUAGGGUAACUCACUCAGGUGUAUUUUUUUUUUAUUUUUACUGUAAUGGAUAGUUUUCUCCUGACUGUGAUGGCCUAUGACUGGUUUGUGGCCAUCUGCCAUCCCCUGCACUACAUGGUCAUCAUGAACCCCCGCUUCUGUGUCCUCCUGGUUCUGAUGUGUUGGCUCGUCAUUUUCUGGGUUCCCCUGAUUCAUAUUCUACUGUUGAGGCGGCUGAACUUCUGUACUGGCACUGAAAUUCCACAUUUCUUCUGUGAACUGGCUCAGAUUCUCAAGGUGGCCUGCUCUGACAUCCUCAUCAAUAACAUCUUGUUUGUGGCCACUGCCCUGCUGGGUGUGUUUCCCCGCAUUGGAAUCCUCUUCUCUUACUCUCGAAUUGUCUCCUCUUUAAUGAAAAUCUCCUCUGCAGCGGGCAAAUAUAAAGCAUUAUCCACCUGUGGGUCUCACCUCUCUGUGGUUUCCUUGUUCUAUGGGACAGGCGUGGGGAUCUAUCUCACUUCUGCUGUGACCCAUUCUCCCCAGAGAAGCUCCAUCGCCUCAGUGAUGUACACCGUGCUCACCCCCAGGCGGAACCCCUUCAUCUACAGCCUGAGGAACAAGGAUGUGAAGGGGGCCCUGGGAAGGCUCCUAGGUUUAGGUACCACUUGUCUGUGAGGGGCCACUGGCCUCAGAACUAAGUGGACACUGUGGGCUGCAAAAACAAAUUUUGAGAAUUUAUAUCUCCUGAUUUUCUUUUCCCUUAAAAGACAUGCUUCAUUUCUUCCAUU